AUGGUGAGCAGCUUUGCUUCCGGGCCCGCCAGGCUUGGCAAUGGUGCCGGCGAGUCGACCAUCUUGGUCUUUGGUAACUACAUCGGCACCGCCGACACCAAGAAAUCUCUAGACAAGACUGUCCGGCAGCUAUCGCAAGGCCCUCACCGAGACUGGGUUCUAGAGACCAUAGCCGAGCUGCCAAGCUUUUGGGAUGCCUUAGUCGCCAAGGUGCCCGAGGUAGCCACCGCCAUACCAGACACUCCCAAGCGCCUCGUCGACCUCGACUCAUGGUUCCGACACGGCACAUCGGACCUGGCCCCGGAGGCCACCGUCCCCCGGCCCGUGAUCGGCCCUGUGAUUGUCCUCUCUCAGCUCACGCAGUACUGGCGCUACCUCGAGCUAACAUACCAAGGCGAGCCCGUGGCCGACGUCCUUGCCAGCCGCCUCGCCUCUUCCUCCUCCUCCCCAGCCCAACUCCCAGUCUCCCUCGGCUUCUGCGCCGGCUUGAUGCCCGCCAUGGCCGUCGCCAGCGCGCACAACCGGCAGGAAUUCCAAAAGUACGCCGCCGUGGCCGCGCGCCUGUCCAUGCUCGCAGGCGCCCUGACGGACGCGCGCGAGGCGCAGGACAGGGAGGGCGAGAAGGGCGGCACUGUCUCCUUUGCCGCCGCGUGGGUCGGCCAGAAGCAGGCCGACGACCUGAAGCGCAUCGUGGCUGAGCUGGCGCCUGAUGCGUACACGGCUUUGGUGUACGACGAGGCAAGGGCGUCGUUGGUCACGAACGAGGCAACGGGGCCGUUGCUGGAGAAAAAGCUCCGUGCUGCGGGGAUCAUUGUCGCGGAUACCGACUUCAGAGCCCGGCUUCAUGAUCCUGACCCGGUCAGGGCGGGACACAUCGAUCCCCUGCUUGAGCUGUGCCGGGAGGUGCCGAGUCUGCAGUAUGCUGAUGCGGCGGGGCUGGCGUUGGCGACGUACGACAACAGCGGCGAUGGCAGACGAGUGACGGAGGGGAAUCUGACUGAGUUAGUGCUGCGUGGGAUGUUGGCGCGGCAGGUGGAUUGGUUCAAGACCUUCUCUGCCGUUGCUGGCGAGGCUAAGAAUCCCUGCGUUGUGACGAUUGGCCCGGAGCAGUGUGUGCCGCCAACUUGGAUGAAGAAGCUGGAUGGUCGGGCAAAACACUUUGACGAAAUUGAGUCUUCAUUGGGGGGCCGGGCGACGCUGUCAUUGGGUGGGCAGCCCAGUUCUAGUCUCGCACCAUCAGCGAUAGAAGGUCCUCAACUGCAGCCCAACACAACACAGCAGCUGUCCACACAAGAUGCAGCAUACAACAACGCCAUCGCCGUCGUCGGCAUGUCCAUCAAAUGCGCCGGUGCCGACGACCUGGCCGAGUUCGUCGACAUGCUCAAGACGGGCAAGUCGCAACACGAGUUCAUCACCGAGGAGCGCAUAGAACGUGACCUGGCCUUCCGCACACCAGGCGACCCUGACCCGCAGCGCAAAUACUACGGCAACUUCUACCGCGACCCCGACGCCUUCGACCACCGCUUCUUCAAGCGCAGCCCGAUCGAGUCGGCCGCCAUGGACCCGCAGGGCCGCAUGGUCCUCGAGGGCGCCUACCAGGCCGUCGAGCAGUCGGGGUACUUCCACGGUCUGAGCGACAGCAAGCAUGUGGGUGUGUACGUGGGCUCGUCGGGCUGUGCGUACGACUACAAUAUCGAGUGCAAUGAUACGAGUGCCUUCACGGGAACCGGAUCGGCCAAGAGUUUCAUCGCCGGCCGAGUCUCGCAUUACUUUGGCUGGACGGGUCCGUCCAUGACCUUCGACACGGCGUGCUCUUCAUCGGCCGUCGCCAUCCACACGGCGUGUCGAAACCUCUUGUCAGGCGAGUGCACGGCUGCUCUCGCGGGCGGCUGCAACGCCAUCGCCAACUUCAUGUGGUUCCAGAACCUCGCGGCCGGCAACUACCUCAGCCCGACCGGGCAGUGCAAACCCUUUGACGAUGCUGCUGAUGGCUACUGCCGCGCCGAUGGCGUCGGCUUUGUCUUUUUGAAGAAGCUGUCGGAUGCUGUGCGGGACGGAAACCAAGUCUUGGCUGUCAUUUCCAGCACGGCCGUCUACCAAAACCAGAACUUCACACCCAUCUUUGUGCCCAACUCGGCCUCGCUUUCGCAGCUGUUUGGGGACGUGGUGCGCAAGGCCAACGUUGCUCCCAAGGAUAUCUCGCUGGUCGAGGCCCAUGGCACGGGCACACCCGUGGGAGAUCCGGCCGAGUACGAGAGUAUCCGGAUCGCCUUGGGUGGGCCGGAAUCGGGUCGUGUCAAGAACCUCCCAAUCGGAUCGGUCAAGGGCCACAUAGGGCAUGCUGAGGGCGCGUCUGGCGUUCUUGCCCUCAUCAAGGUCAUCAUGAUGAUGCGCGAGGGCUUCAUCCCGGCGCAAGCGAGCUUCAAGAAGAUGAACCACAACAUCAAUGCCCGCCCUGAUGACAUGAUGGAGGUCAACACGAAGCUGCGCCCCUGGCAAGAGGAGCAUAAGAUCGCCUUGUUGAACAACUACGGCGCCUGCGGGUCCAAUGCCAGCUUCAUCGUCGCACAAACACCAAAGGCUCUGGCUGGGGCUAGCGACAACUUGACCAUUGGCGAGGAUUCCCAGUAUCCGUUCUGGAUCCGUGGCCUAGAUGCCCGGGCAAUCUCUGCAUACUCUGCCAAGCUGGCUUCGUACUGCAAGUUUUUGCCUUCAACCAACACCUUGGCCGACAUCUGCUUCGCCCUCGGUCGCCAAUCCAAUCGUGGCUUGGGCCAAGGGCUCAUCUUCAGCUGUCGGUCGAGAGCCGAGCUCCAGGACAAGUUGCAGCAAGCCGCGUUGGCAUCCGACAAGGCCUCGGCUGCACAGAUCGGAGUUGCGUCUGUCAAGGCCGAGAGACCCGUCAUUAUGUGCUUUGGCGGUCAGGUUUCGCGGUUCGUUGGCCUCGACCGGAAGCUGUACGACAAUGUGGCCGUGCUUCGCAAGCAUCUUGAUGACUGCGACACAGUGGCCAAGUCUCUGGGUCUGGGAAGCAUCUACCCUGAUGUCUUCUCGACACAGCCGAUUGCGGACACGGUCAAGCUGCAGACGGCCCUUUUUGCGACGCAGUACGCCUCGGCCAAGACUUGGAUGGACUGUGGUCUCGAGAGCAAGAUCGCGGCUGUCGUGGGCCAUAGCUUCGGGGAGAUCACAGGUUUGUGUGUGGCUGGUGCCUUGAACCUUGAGGAUGCAAUCAAGCUCGUGGCGGCCAGGGCCAAGCUCGUCCGCGAUUCGUGGGGCUCCGACGCAGGCGCUAUGAUGGCCGUGGAAGCGGAUGAAACCCUGAUCAAGGAGCUCUUGCAGGAAGCAAACGGCUCUCCGAGCUCAGACGGACUGGCCAGCAUAGCAUGCUACAACGGCCCGCGAAGCUUCACCCUGGCUGGUUCCACGGCUGCUGUCGAUGCCGUCCAGCGAACACUGACGGGUGCCAAGUUCUCCGCCGUCCAGAGCAAACGUCUUAGCGUGACCAAUGCCUUCCACUCGGCACUGGUUGACAAGAUUGUCGACGCGCUUGGGGCGGUCGGGAAGGGAAUCACCUUCCAUAAGCCGAUGAUCCCCGUGGAGCGCGCAACGGAGGAGACCAAUACCACACUGGACUGGUCGUUUGUUCCUACCCACAUGCGGCAACCUGUCUUCUUCAACCACGCCGUGCAGCGCCUGGCGAAACAGUAUCCUCAGGCUGUCUUCCUCGAGGCUGGCUCCAACUCGACCAUCGCCGUCAUGGCAGGUCGUGCCCUGGCCCAAGCUAAUGUCGUUACCCAAGAUCAUCACUUCCAGGCCGUCUCUAUCACCAAUACCCAGAACGGCUUCAACGGACUAACAGACGCGACCGUGGCCCUCUGGAAGCAGGGCUUGCGCGUGUCGUUCUGGCCCCAUCACCAACAAUCGACGCUUGACUACACUCCGUUGCUCUUGCCGCCCUACCAGUUUGACAAGUCGCCAGCCUCCCGUCACUGGCUGCCCGUCAAGUCGGCGUCUGAGGUGAUCCAGAAGGCUGCCGAGGAGCUUCUGAAGCAACGAGGGGCUCUUUUGGCUCCGGAAAGCUCAGGUCUAGAUGCCAAGUCGAUGGCUCCGUUCGAGUUUGUCGGGUAUCAAGACAAGCACAAGAAGACGGCUCGAUUCCGCGUCCACACUGCCUCGGAGAAAUUCCAGACCCUGUUCUCUGCCCACGUCAUUGCCCAGACAGCACCCAUCUGUCCCGGCAUUCUCGCAUGGGACAUCACCCUCGAGGCCCUGUUCAGCCUGAUCCCCAACUCAAAGCAAGACGGCCUCCUUCCCGUCGGCCGUGACUGGGGCUUCCCCUCAGCCAUGUGCGCGGACCCGUCCCGCGUCGUGUAUCUUGAGCUAUCCGCCCUCGACAAGACCAACAACAAGCAGUCAUCCGCAAAGCAAUGGCAAGCCCUCAUGUUCAGCGUCGACAAGGACAGCACGGCCGAGCGUCUCCAGACACACUUCAAAGCACGCGUGGACAUCAGCUCACCCACCGACACGGCCUACAUCAACGAGUUUGCGCUCUUUGAGCGUCUCGUCAGCCACGCGCAGUGUCUGGAGCUACUCCAACUGAGCCUCGACAACCAGGGCGUCGAGGUGCUGCAGGGCCGCCAUCUCUACCGCGCCUUCGCCCCCGCCGUCGACUACGGCGACGUCUUCAAGGGCGUCAGCUACCUCGUGGGCCGGGGCAGCGAGAGCGCCGCGCGCGUGCAGCUCGAGAGGCAGCAUCGCCGGACGGACACAUGGGUGGACACGCCCAUGAGCGACUCGCUCGCCCAGGCCUCGGGUGUGUGGCUGAACCUCAUGACGGACUGCCCUGUCGAGGACAUGUACGUUGCUGCUGGGUGCAACAUGCUCAUGCGGUCGCCUAAGCUUACGGCUGCUGGUCGGGCUGAGACGGACGUGUGGCAUGUGUAUGCCCGCAAUGCGCGCCAGAGUGAUACGGCGUAUUUGACGGAUCUGUUUGUGUUUGAUGCUGCGACGGGGAUGCUUGUUGAGGUCAUGUUGGGCAUGCAGUAUCAUCGCGUGAGCAAGGCUUUGAUGAGCAAGACGCUGGCUCGCUUGACGAAGGAUGAGUCGGUCCUGCGUGUCCCUGCUUCGGCUGCGGCUCCGGCGGCAACUCGGACAGCUGUGGGUACAAGCCCGGUAGAGGCCAAGCCCGCUCUCAAGAUCAGCACGGAGAAAAAGGACAACUCGGCCGGAACGAAGAAGAAGGCCAAGGUAGCCUCAUCAGCUCCGGCUUCAAACAGACGCGACAUCACCGACGAGGUGCGCAACCUGGUGGCUCGCGUUGCCGGCGUCGAUGCUGAGGAUAUGGAGCUUGAUGACCAUAUGGCCGACUUUGGCAUCGACUCGCUGAUGGAUAUGGAGCUUGCGCGUGAGGUAGAGAGGUCCUUCAAGUGCACUCUGGACCAGGCUGAACAGCUGGCUGCGACGACUCUGCGUCUGUUUGUCGUCUGUGUGGAGCAUGCCCUAUUUGGAGCAGAUGCGGAUGUUCCUGUGGAGGUUGAAGAGGACGAAUUUGAGACGUCGUCUGAUGAUGGCUCGUCUUUGGUCGUCGUGGAUCAAGAUUCGGCCAUGUCCACUCCCGGCAUGUUCUCCGAUAGCGAGCCUACGGAAAAGGAGGCCCCGAAAGUUCCAGGGCCUGCAAAUGGCACCGCGCCACCCGCCAUCACCAACCUGUCCCUGUCGCCGUCAGAUAUUCUCGAUGCUUUUGCCGAGGUCAAACUGAAGACCGACGCGCGUAUCCCCGAGUUCCACGUCGAGAACGUCGAAAAGGUCCUAAUUGCCGGCAGCAACCGGCUCGGUGCGGCCCUUGUGGUCGAGGCCUUCGACCAGCUCGGAUCUCCUCUUCGCACUGCGUCCCCCGGACAAGUUCUCGACCGCGUCCACUUCCACCCUCGCCACGCCCCCUUGAUGAAAUGCAUAUACGAGUUCCUCGAGCGUGAGGCCCGUCUCAUCGACAUUGAUCCGGCAACAGGAAAAGUGACGCGCACGCACUUCGCUGCCCCGGCUAAGUCGAGCGAUGCCAUCCUCCACGAAUUGCUUGUUGAGCAUCCCGAACACCCCCAGGCCAACCGUCUCCUGCACCACGCCGGCAAGCAUCUGGCGGGCGUGCUAUCUGGCAAGACGGACGGAAUUCGCGUCCUCUUCGGGAGCCCCGAGGGCCAGGCGUUGACGGCGGCCCUGUAUUCAGAUUGGCCGCUCAGCCGUUUGAACAACGCCAACUUGCGCGAUGUGGUCAAGGGGGUCUGUGAGCGCGUUCGUCAGCGAGGAACUGGCGAGACGCUCAAGAUCAUGGAGAUGGGGGCUGGCACUGGUGGUACCACCAAGAACAUCUUGCCCGUACUGAAGGAGAUGGGCAUUCCUGUCGAGUACACUUUCACCGAUCUCUCAGCCUCCAUGGUCGCUGCUGCCCGUCGCCGCUGGUCAACCGAGUACCCCUUCAUGCGCUUCGCCGUGCACAACAUCGAGGAAUCGCCCGCCGAGCACCUCCGCGGGAACCACCUCGUCCUGGCCGCCAACGCCGUGCACGCCACCCACAACCUCGUCACAUCCUUGACCUACAUCCGCCAGGCCCUGCGCCCAGACGGCUUCAUCCUGCUCAACGAACUGACCAACACUCUCCCCGUGCAGUUCCUCUACCUCGUCUUCGGCCUCCUCGAAGGCUGGUGGCUGUUCGACGACGGCCGCACGGACGCCCUCGUCACGCCCGAGCACUGGGAGCAGGAGAUGCACAAGGCCGGCUUCGGCCACGUCGACUGGACCGACGGCAACCUCCCCGAAAGCUCGUACCAGAAGGUCCUCAUCGCGCUCGCCUCCGGCGCCCAGGGCCCAUAUCUGCCCAAGCCGGCCCUCGCGCCCGACGCCGAGCUCAACAAGGGCGACGUCCCGGCCCGCACCGCCGAGGCCGAGCGCCUCGUGGCCAAAUUCGUCAGCGGGUGGGACAAGCCGCGCCUGCGCACCCUCAUCAACACCAGCAGCAUGGGUCCCGGCCCCGGGCCCACGACGCCGCCAUUGUCGUCCAACAACAAGCUCGGCGCCGUCGUCCUCGUCACCGGCGCCACCGGCAGCCUCGGCUCGCACAUCGUCGCCAAGCUGGCCGAGAACCCGGCCGUGUCCACCGUCGUCUGCGUGAACCGCGCCAGCAGCGAGCCCGUCGCCAAGCGGCAGCACGAGGCCUUCUCGUCGCGCGGCAUCGUGCUAGGUCCGGGCGCGCGCGCCAAGCUCCGCGUGCUGGAGACCGAUACCUCGAAGCCGCAGCUUGAGCUGCCCCCCGCCGAGUACGCGUGGCUGGUGCAGAAUGCCACGGGCGUGGUGCACAAUGCCUGGCCCAUGAGCAUCACGCGCCCGAUUACGGGUUAUGAGCCCCAGCUGCAGGCGAUGCGGAAUUUGCUGGAUCUGGCAAGGGAUGCGGUGCUUGCGCGGGGAAAUCAUCUGCGCUUCGCCUUCCAGUUCGUCUCGUCGAUUGGGGUUGUUGGCUGCGCGGGCGUGCCCCGCGUGCUGGAGCGACGCGUCCCGCUCGAGGCGGCCCUGCCGAAGGGGUAUACCGAGGCGAAGUGGGUGUGUGAGCGCAUGCUGGACGAGACCAUGCAUCAGUAUCCGGCGCUGUUCCGGCCGCAUGUCACGCGGGCCGGACAGAUUGCUGGGUCGUCGGAGAGCGGGUAUUGGAACCCCGUCGAGCAUUUAGCGUCUGUGGUCAAGUCGGCACAGGCGGUCCAGUCCUGGCCUGACUUGCACGGGAGGAUGCAGUGGAUGCCGGUUGAUCAUAUGGCGGGUGUUGUUGCGGAUUUGGUUAUGAAUCCCGUGGCUGAGUAUCCCGUCUAUCAUAUCGAUAACCCGGUCGGCCAGCCGUGGAGGGAGAUGUCGCCGGUGCUGGCACGCGCACUGGGCAUCCCGGCGAAGGAUAUUGUUCCGUUCAAGGAGUGGAUCCGGCGGGUGACGUCGUCGACGCUGGCCGACUCGGAUAACCCGGCGGCGAGGCCCGGUAUGAGAGAUUUCCUGAUGGCAAACUUUGAGCGUGUAAAUGCUGGUGAUCUGAUCUUGGAUACGGAGAGGGCGCAAGAGCAUAGUCCCACAAUGGCGGCGGAGGGACCUGUGAGUCCAGAGCUAGUGGUGAAGUAUGUGGAUGCGUGGAAGAAGAUGGGCUUCCUGUCCUAA